UUUUUAUAUCCAAUCAAAAUUGUUAUGUAAAUGACAAGCUUUAUACAUUUUUUUUUUCAGUGGGAUUUUCUUCUCUCGUAGGCAGCUGCUCGACCUUUUUCCACACCUGAUGUCUAUUUCCGAUUGCAUAAGCACUUUCCAAUUAGCUAAACAGAAUGUUCGAGGUCGUCUCCAGCUCGUGAUAAUAACAUUUAAAUAUCAACUGUAAAACAGUAGCCAAAUAUGAAAUGUCACUGAUUAUCUUUACGACAUCAAACAGACCAUGAUAAAAGCAAGAACAAAAUUUACAUACAAUGUAAAAUCAGACAUGGUGCAUGUUGCUCGUUGAACUAAUCACAGCUCUCCACAUUAUACUGUGCUGUUUAGAGUGUGCGUUACAGAACGAACCGACAGAUCGGGGAUUUUCUGUUCCUUCUGCAGUGCAGACAGCCAAGACGUCGCAGGUCCCCCUUGCCCAACUUGUAGGCCUACCUCCGAUUUAUCAUCUCCAACAGUCCAACUUGUAGGCCUCUGAAUUAAGAAUCCAAGAUGGCUAUAAACUGGGGAGGAGUGGCCGGCAUCAUUGUCUUCUACCUGCUGAUUCUGGCCGUCGGGCUGUGGGCGUCUCGCAAGAACAAAGGAUCCAAAGAUCAAGAGCAAGUGGUGCUGGCUGGCAGAAACAUUGGAGCAGUGGUUGGGAUCUUCACCAUGACUGCUACGUGGGUGGGAGGAGGUUACAUCAACGGAACAGCCGAGAACGUCUUCAAACCUAAAGGGAAUUCUGGAUUAGUCUGGACCCAGGCAGUGUGGGGAUAUUCAACAAGUCUCGUUCUAGGAGGUCUGUUCUUUGCCAAAAUCAUGCGGUCCAAGGGUUACAUCACCAUGUUGGACCCGUUCCAGCUCAAGUACGGCUCCCGCAUGGGUGGGCUGCUCUUCAUUCCCGCCCUUACGGGAGAACUCUUCUGGACGGCGGCCAUAUUGAAUGCUCUAGGAUCGACCAUCAGUGUGGUACUUGAGCUAGAUAUGACACUCUCUGUCAUUGUGUCCGCCUGCAUUGCCGUGUUCUACACGUUCUUCGGUGGUCUAUACUCAGUAGUCUACACUGAUAUCAUUCAGCUCAUCUGCAUAUUUGUAGGCUUGUGGAUCUGCGUUCCCUUUGCGAUGACCAAUGAGGCGGUGGAGCCGAUUGGGUCAACGUCUCAGGAAUGGCUGGGCACGAUUGAGUCUGAUCAGGCCGGACUGUGGAUAGAUUCUGCCCUGCUACUGGUAUGUGGAGGCAUCCCAUGGCAGGCAUACUUCCAACGCGUUCUCUCCUCCAAGACUCCACGGACGGCACAGAUCUUGUCGUUCGUUGCCGGCUUCGGAUGCAUCCUUAUGGGCAUCCCAUCAGUUCUUAUUGGUGCAGUCGGAGCGAGCACAAGCUGGAAUGAUACGACCCUUGACCUUGGGAAAAUUGACCCGUACAGUCAAACCAGCCUCAUUCUCCCAUUGGUCAUCCAGUAUCUGACCCCUCCGGUCAUCUCGUUCAUUGGUCUCGGGGCCGUGUCGGCUGCCGUUAUGUCCUCGGCCGAUUCUUCCAUUCUCUCAUCUAGCUCCAUGUUCACUCACAAUAUCUACAAGCAGGUGUUUCGCCCAAAGGCCGGUAAAGUUGAGCUUGUGUGGGUGAUGCGCGCCAGCAUUGUCGUAGCCGGCGUCAUAGCAACGGUGCUCGGUCUGUCAAUCAACUCCGUCUACAAGCUCUUUGUCUUCUGCUCCGACUUUGUCUACGUUGUGCUGUUCCCUCAACUCCUCUGCGUCAUUUACUUCUCCAAGUGCAACACGUACGGUUCGUUGCUGGCCUACAUCGUAGCCCUGAUCUUACGCUUUGGCGGCGGCGACUCCCUGCUCGGCAUUCCGGCCCUGAUCAAGUACCCGUAUUACGACGAAGAGGAAGAAGUCCAACUCUUUCCUUACAAGACUCUGUCGAUGCUCUCGUCUCUUCUAACCAUUCUCGUGGUCUCCUACCCGUUAGACUACCUGUUUAAGAAAGGCACCAUCCCCAAACGCUACGAUUUCUUCCGUUGCGUGGUCAACCUUCCCUCUGCCAAGGAUCAGGUAGAUUUUGAUGACGACGAGGUAAAGUAUAAAUUGAAGAGGCGUGACUCGACGGAUUCGCCUGCCGAGGAGGACGAAUAAUGUGAAACUUAAGUAGUUUGGUAGUAUCUGGGUGUGUAAUGUCAGGCCGGUGUAGCAUGAAUUUAGGUUUUAUGAAAUACGGACUCAUUGGUGGUAUUGCGCAUGCUCAUGCAUAGAUAAUU